AUGAAAGAGUCAUUUGGGGCUAAGGAUGAGAUAUUCUGCUUAUUCCAAGGCUCACUUGACAACUCAGGAAGCUUGAAGCAGCAAUACGGGCUUGCUAAGAAUGCAAACGAGGUUCUCUUAGUCAUCGAGGCUUAUAAGACUCUCCGUGACAGAGCUCCUUACCCUGCCAACCACGUUGUGGCUCACCUAAGUGGUGAUUUCGCCUUUGUGGUCUUCGAUAAAUCAACUUCCACUCUGUUUGUAGCCUCUGACCAAGAAGGUAAGGUUCCAUUGUAUUGGGGGAUAACAGCUGAUGGCUAUGUGGCAUUUGCUGAUGAUGUUGAGUUGCUAAAAGGUGCUUGUGGCAAAUCUCUUGCUUCUUUCCCUCAAGGCUGUUUCUACUCGACUGCAUUAGGUGGGCUUAUGAGCUUUGAGAACCCUAAGAACAAGAUCACUGCCAUUCCUGCCAAAGAGGAAGAAAUUUGGGGAGCCACCUUCAAGGUGAUUGAUUGA